AUGUUUACUGGUAAAGCAGUACUUUUAGCAAAUCCAAAUUUUGCAAAGCUUUAUAAAAAAUUAACCACACAAUAUUUGACUUCUAAUGGAGCAACGAAGGAAGUUGCAAAAAAGUUUAAUGAUGAAAGCUUUCUCAGUGAAAAAUCGGAAUAUUUAGAAGCAUUGAUUAUAUAUAAUGGAAUAAAACAAAUGACUUUGGAAUCAAGACAAUAUUUAAAUUUUCAACCAAAUGAUCCUGAAUUAAAAAAAGUUAUAAACAAAAAUAAGAAUAAUAUUAGAAGUGGAGGAGGAAGGAAAGAAGAUAUAGUAACAAUUUUUGGAUUAAAAGAUGAUGAUUUAUAUAAAUUGGUUAAAGGUGACCUAAUGGAAUUAGAAAUUCUGAAGAAUAAUUUAUCUAAUCUUUGGAUUUUAAAUGAAGAAUUCAAAUGUCAUCAUGAAAUGAAAAAAAACACUAUUUUCAUUAAUUAUUUUUCUGGUUUAAUAGAAUCAAUUGAAUUAAAAGCAAGAGUUCACUUAUAUGAAACUUUAAGAGAGGUUUAUGACGAUGACACUGUUAAAAUGCUUAGAACAAUAAGGAAUAAUUUAUUGAAUGAGGAACAAAAUAAAAUUCAAGAGUUGACCAAUUUGAAUAAUGAACUUUUAAAAUAUCAAAAUAUCAAAGAUUUUGAUGAUAUUAUAGAUAAUUAUAUUGAGAUAAAUAAGGAAAUCAAGAAAAUAGAUGAUGAUAUCAAGAGAUUAAAACAAUAA